AGAAGAAGAAGAAGAAGAAAAAAACAUGGCGAUAGAGUUUAGGAAAACAUAAAGUAGUACUUGUUUUCUUAGUUACAACAAACCUGUUUCGUGGAAUACAGUUGUUUUUGUAAUCGAGUACAUAGCAUUGUUACAUAUUCCGGUGUUGUAGUCUGUGGUAUGCAGCUGAUAUCCGCCAACAACGUAAAGAGGAAGAAGGUCGCCGCAUAAACACGGAGUGGAGCUGUGUUAGCUGCACCGUGUGUCUCACAGCAUGGAUAAUUCCUUUCAGUAUGGUCAGCCAGAAACUUUACAGCCUUCUGCUUAUAAUGGAGGCUAUCUGCAGACACAACACACCGAGCAGCGGGGUCUGCAGCCAGACCCCAGCGCCCCAUCGUGGACACCUCCACCUUUCCAGUACGGACCCAGGUACGACUUUCCCACUCCUCCAUCUGGUGGAGAGGCUUUUAGGGGACCUCGGUAUCCAAAUCAGUAUAGCUUUGACCCUUCAGUCCCUCCGCUUCCCUUGAACUACCCUUCACCCGGACACCACCCGGGUAUGGCGCCCCCCGGUCCGGUAGACCCGUACAGCAGCACCGGAGUCUCCACGUUUCAGGCUUUCUCCUCUCAGCUCGGCUCUGCUGCUCCUCCCAGGUACGAAACUGUGUCGGAGAGGCAACGUCAAGAUCACCAUGAGGGGGGAGAUUUUUACUGGGCUCCCCCGGAUCCACCUCAGGACCAUGGCUGUAGCUCAGCAACACACCCAGAGGAUGAGGACACCGCGCAGAGGAGGCAGGACAAGCAGUGGCUGACGUGGUUUUUACAGAGCAGAGGUACGACAACCAGGAGCCCACAGACCCAGCAACAACAGCCAAACCCCAUCUCUGUCUCCGUCUUUAGAGAGACCCUGUACGGGUCAGCACAGCUGGUCGCACAGCUGGAAGAGUUCUGUCACAGUCUGAAAGACAACAUGCAUGAUGACAGUGUGUGGGAAGACUCCUAUCUGCAAGCUUUAUAUGUGAAGGAGGAGCUGCAGGAGAAACUAAAGCUGCUCAGUGACGCCCAGUGUUUACAGCAGCUGAAGGUUAAAGUGUCCCGGGCUGCACAGAAAAGGGCUCGACGCCUGAGGGCCAGGAAGGAGCUGCAGAUGGAGAGAAAACGGGCCGAGGAGCGCUGCGCAGAGAAGGAGGCUGCCAUAGAUAAGUGGAGGAUGAGACGAAUACAGCAAGUGGAGGAGAAGAAGAAGGAGCAUGAGCUGAAACUGGCUGCAGAUGCUGUUCUGUGUGAGGUGAGGAAGAAGCAGGCGGAUGUGAAGAGGAUGCAGGACGUUCUGAAAUCUCUGGAGAAGCUGCGCAAGCUCAGGAAAGAGGCAGCAUCACGGAAAGGUAUCGACACCGAGCAGCAGUGGGACGAGACGUUCAGCAGCAUACUGGAGCAGCUGAGGUGUGUGAUAAAGAAGAGGACAACGCUCUACUCUGCAGAGGAGAAAGCUCUGAUGGUGAUGCUGGAAGGAGAGCAGGAAGAGGAGAGGAGGCGGGAGCAGGAAAGACGAGUGAAGAAGGAGAGAAAAAAGCAGCUGGAGCGGAAACGCAGGGUGGACUCCAUGCUGUUUGGAGAAGAGCUCCCGGCUGAUUGUGUCCUGCAGCCCUUCUUGGAGUAUUACAGCCAGGCAGACCGGUCCCUGCCGGCUUUGAUGCAAAUCAGGAGAGAGUGGGAUAUGUUUCUGGUUACAGCAGAUCAUCCGGACGGUUCUUCAGUUCCUCAGAGCUGGAUCCUUCCAGACCCCCCCUCAGACCAGACCUGGGCUUCUGCCCUGCAGGCUGCUGACUCUGACUGUGACAACCUCUGACUCUUCCUGCUCUGUUACUCACAGCUGGGCAGAAGCUGCUGGUGUGAAACCAGCUGAAGAUGACAAGACCGAACUGAGCGGGUGUUGUAUUUCCAUCUCCUGAACGCACAAAGAUGGAGGACAAAUUCCUGCCCUCACUUUAGUCCUUGAGUUUGUAACAAACAGUCUGUAGUAUACUAAGUCGUUUUUAACUUGUACAAAGGAUGUUUCAUGAGAAAAG